GUAAAAUACCAUGGCCCAUGGCCCAUGGCCCAUGGCACUUGCAAAAAAGACCGCUCGGCGCGAACCUGCAUAUCGUGGGGUCGGGCUUGCCGUGCGUUCCUUUAUCAAUAUAUAUUCUACGACAGGGUCCAGCAAGUUGAUGCUGGUGAAAUUAUCCAUAUUGUACUCUUACUUCUUCAUCUCGUUAGCUCGGCCGUCCGCCUAUAAGCUACAGCCACCAACCCCCUCGGCUGUCGAAUACCAACUACGAGUGAACUUUGGUCCCAUCUUCCAUCUUCAGCUUCUUCAGCUACUGGUACUGCUGCUCCAACUGGUGACUCAAUCACUUUUUGAUAUUUAAACCAAUAAUCCACUGCUUCGCCAGCAUCUUUCCUUCCGCUCACUCUUUGUUCGCUUGCGUUGGACAAUCACACCACCUGCACCCAUAUCUCGCUUCGCUUCUAGUACUUAUCACCCCGCGUCAUCUUCUCUUCUUCUCCAUCUUCUCCCAGCCUUCGGAAACCACACUCAAAAAUUCAAAGGAACGCACGCUUUCGAGAUGCACGCCACAACUAUUGCAACAGUCUUCCUGACUGCUUUCAUCUCUUCAAUUUCCGCACAAAAUGUCACUACUGGCGCCCUAGGAAAUGCUACCGUUGUCGAAAACAACCCACCUGGAGUAACCUAUGUCGCGUCUCUCCCCGAGAAACGAUUCUUCAACCCAAAAGAUCCCCGCGGCAACGUCAAGGGCUCCAUCUCUGCUACCGCCAACCCCAAUGGAAUCGGUGUCACAUUUAACGUCGAAUUCGAGAACUUACCUCUUACCGGAGGACCAUUCAGUAUGUUGAUAUUCACUUCCUGAACCUCCGCAAUCAUUACUGACUUUUGAAAGGUUACCAUAUUCACGUUGAUCCCGUUCCAGCUGAUGGCAACUGCACCAAGACACUUGCACAUCUAGACCCUUUCAUCCGUGGCGAGGUAAAUCCCUCCCCCAAAGCCAGUUCACAUCUCCUCGAUCUCAACUAACAUGAUCACAGGUCACACCCUGCAACCGCAACCUCCCACAAACAUGUCAAGUUGGUGAUCUCAGCGGCAAGACUUCAGACAUCCGAUCGGAUCCUUUCCAAGCAACCUACAUCGAUGACUUUGCGUCCACGACUCAAGGCCUCGGUUCCUUCUUUGGAAACCGCUCCUUCGUUCUCCAUUACGCUAAUAAGACGCGCAUUACAUGUGCCAACUUCGUUCUGAAGGCUAGCAAUACCACGUCUGGCAAUGUAACAGGAACACCUACUGGCGCACCCUCACAGUACACAGGAGGCGCCGUUCAGAAAGCUGCCUCGCUGGGAGCUGUUGCUGGUGUCAUGGUCGCUGCGCUAUUAUUGUAAUGAUGUUGUCCACCAUGGAGGAUUUCAGCAAUGGACGUGUACAAAAUCUGAAAAAUGGGAUAGAGGUUGGCGUUUGCGACUCCGAUGAAUGAUUUUUCCGGAGACUUAACGGGGAUGAUUCAGAGUCAGAGGUUGUGGGCUGUAAUGACGGUGAUUAACUGGGGGUUCCAGGCGUAAUGAUAAUUAGA